UGGUGGGGGAGAAGUUAUGCACAGCUUCGCUGUCGCCAUCUUUUUCUAACUUUUUCUUCUUCUUCUUCCUUUUCCCUGGAGAACCAGGAGGAGUCGCCAGCUUUUGGGUUGCCAUCAGCACCAGCACGGAGGAGGGAAGUCGGCGGCGACGGGUUGCCGAUCACACGAAAAGCCGGUUGCUUGCUCCACUUCUUUGGCGGCGCGGUGCUGUGUACAAGACUCCUCCCUCUCCGAUCCCCCAUGGCCUACCGCCGGAAGCAGGGCGCCGCCGACGCUGCUGACGAUCGCCGGAGCUCGUACCCCCAGGCCUCGGCAUCAUCAUACAGUUACACAUCUUUCGAAAGUAUAAAUGAGCCCAAGCUUGGAUUGUGGGGAACUUUGGCAAGGAAAGCAAAGGGAAUUCUCGAUGAGGACGGCUUCGCACAUAAGUUUGAGGACUUGAGGAAAGAAAAAACCAAUAGGAACACCAGUUCAUCCACUGGAGAUCAGGUCAGGCAGCAAUCAGCAAGUGAAGUAGAUCUGAAUAUGUUCGAGAAAAAAGCUCCUCAGUCUCGUUGGUCAUUUGAAAACCACUGGAAGACGACAGGAGAUGCUGCAUCUCGAAUUAGGCCAGAGGCUCUUUCUGCUUCUGUCAACCAGCUUAGUGGAAGAAUCAGAAAUGCUUUUGAAGAAAGACUCACAAUUGUGGAUAGUAAGACAUCCAGUAUUAUUGAAGAGACUAAGAAAAUCCAAAUUAGAAGGAAGCCUACCGGCUCAAGUUCUUAUGUGCCGAGUUCUGUCGCGGAUACUUUCGGCUCUCCUAAUGACUCAUUCAAUCAAGCUGAAUCUGCAGCCCAGGAGACGCAACUGAAAUCAUCUCGCGACGUUGCCAAUGCAAUGGCUGCUAAAGCAAAACUUCUACUCCGUGAACUAAAAUCUGUUAAAGCCGAUCUAGCUUUUGCAAAGCAGAGAUGUGCUCAGCUAGAAGAAGAGAACAAGAUGUUGCGAGAAACAAAGCAGAAAGGGAGCAAAACUGAAGAGGACGAUGACUUGAUUCGUGUGCAAUUGGAGACAUUACUGGCGGAGAAAUCAAGGCUGGCACAGGAAAAUUCGACAUAUGCCCGCGAGAAUCGCUUCCUGCGUGAGAUUGUAGAUUUUCAUCAAUUCGCCACCCACGACAUUGUCUCCUUGGAUGACGGAGACGUGGAAGACGAUGACCCGGAAGAAGACAGCAAUGUGAUGGACGCUGAAAACAUGUUACUACCUGUGGUUGAAGAAAAUUCAGGAGAUGACAAGGAACCGAUCUCCCCUGUUCCCCCAGAAUCUCCAAAUCUCAGCCCAGCAGAAGAAUCAUCCCCGAAAUGCAGCAAUUCGCAAAGCGUUACUGAUUCACCAAACAUUGCCAGAGCCAAAUGCAUCAGCAUCUGAAGCAGCUUGACGCAUGUGGCUUGGCGGCUUGUUCGGGGAUUAUUUCAGCUGGUUUGGUUGUGCUCUUGUGACUUUGUGUGUAUAAAAUUUUCUCGAUUCUUUCCCCCACAUUGGUUUGCAAUUGUAUGUAACAUGUGUAUAGUAUAGUUACAACAGGUUUCUGCAUUUUGUAUAAAGUGUAUAGCAGAUUGGUUUCCAUGCAUGCGGGGUUUUGAUGAAAAACUGGCUUGUGUGGUUUGGGAGAGUUGUUUGUAAUGAUGCAUGUAGUUACUGGUGAAUUUGGCUGGUGUGAAUAAGCAAAAUGAAAACAGCAUUUUAUUUGAA